AUGGAGUCACAGAUCGCCGCCCUCCGACACGAACUUGAUACUAUACAUACCUACGAUUACGUGGAGGGAACCGUCCCAGCUCCCCUGGCUCCCGGUGAGUCCAUUGCCAUCGUCCUGGAGACGACCCUUGUUGAUAUCGGAAGGCCAUUAGAACUGGAGGCAUUCUUCCCUCCGAAAGGGGACUACUAUGAUUACUUUUCCUUUGAAUCGGCUGAUAGUGUCCAAAAAGCACUGGAUGACCUUUCGUCUUUCCUGGAGACCGAAGGCCCAUAUGACGGCCUGAUUGCUUUUUCCUUGGGAGGUGCUCUCACGGCCACCUAUCUCAUCCGGGAGGCCAGACGGCACCCUGAAAAACCUUUACCAUUUAAAUGUGCCAUCUUUCUGUCCGGUGGUGCACCCCUGGAUCCGGUGGCUCUGGAACGGGGACAAGUGCGUUUGCUAGAUGACGCGGCGGCUGGAAACCAAGCAUUGCGCGGGUUGCCCACCGUACACAUUUGGGGUAGUAAUGACGAACUAUGGGGUGAUCGAAGCGAAACACUGUAUGCGCUAUGCGAUCCCCAUGAACGCACGAAGGUGUUGCACGAGGAUGGGCAUGCAGUUCCAGGGGCAAGGGCCAAAGAGGCACUGUUGCGCAGUGUUAGGGCAAUCCGCAGAACAGUGGGGAGGGUAGCGAUAGCGGGUUAA